AUGACCGGGCCGCCGUCCUCUUCCUACCCCAGCCGGGUCUCACCGCCAGCCGCCGGGAUUUCGCCGGAAAAUCGAAGAGAAAACCAUCCGGUUUCGCCUGAAACUUCGCCGGCUUCGUUCUCCGUCGUCCGGCCACCGAUUCCGGCAAGUGAGGUAUGGUUUCUCACCUAUUUUCCGAGCUCUAGCUGA